CUCCCCUUGAGUUAAUGCUCUUGCUGUCAUCUUUUGACUUUUUGGAGAGGGAGUUGAAACGGUCCUCUUUUGCUUCUUUUAGGUCAGCGUCCUCUCUCACAUUCUCUUUUCUAUAUAUGCAAAGCAGGACCUAAGUAAACCUUGGCCUUAGGCUCCUGUCUUUAAGCUUCCAAGAAGAAAACUAAAGAAAAGAAUAGAGAACUAGAGAUCAAAAGCAUAGAAUCUGUUUUCUCAUCUUCAGGUUCAGAAGAAGAAGGUGAUAUGGGGAGACCACCUUGUUGUGUAAAGGUAGGUGUGAAGAAAGGGCCAUGGACUCCUGAAGAAGAUAUCCUCUUGGUGUCUUAUAUUCAAGAACAUGGUCCUGGGAAUUGGAAGGCUGUUCCUACCAACACAGGGUUGCUUAGAUGUAGCAAGAGCUGUAGGCUUAGAUGGACUAAUUACUUAAGGCCAGGGAUUAAACGGGGUAGCUUUACAGAACAUGAAGAGAAAAUGAUAAUAGACCUUCAAGCUCUAUUAGGCAACAGAUGGGCUGCAAUAGCAUCUUACCUUCCUCAAAGAACAGACAAUGACAUCAAAAACUAUUGGAACACUCACUUGAAGAAGAAGCUGAAGAAGCUCCAAGGCAGUGGUGGAGGUUAUCCUAGAGAUGGUUUAUCAUCAUCAUCAUCAUCAUCAUCAACCUCAUCACACCAAAAUUCUAGAGGCCAAUGGGAGAGAACGCUACAGACUGAUAUCCAAAUGGCUAAACAGGCUUUAUCUGAUGCAUUGUUCCCAGAGAAAUCAAGUGGCUUAUCUGAGCUGAAACCCUCUAAUGGAUACAUAUCUUAUGCAAAACCGGGAAGCUAUGUAUCGAGCACAGAGAACAUAGCCAAGUUGUUAGAAGGUUGGAUGAGAAAUCCAUCAAAGCCUGCUUCUACAAACUCUGCUGCCACUCAACAAUCAUUUGACAACAUGGCUGGGAUAGAUUCUGCUUCUAGUGAAGGGACUCGAAGGAUGGAAGACAAAAGCAGCAUAGAAAUGUCAGAGGCUUUUGAGUCACUGUUUUUCUUUGAAUCUUUGGAUUCUUCAAAUUCUGAUUUCUCACAAUCUAUGUCACCUGAGGCAAGCCUUUUCCAAGAUGAAAGUAAACCAGAUCCUAAUGCCCAGGGGCAACUGUCAUUGCUUGAGAAAUGGCUUUUUGAUGAUGGUGCAAAUCAAGGGAAAGACUACCAGCUUAGUGAUAUCACAUUAGAGGAAAAUGCUAAUUUCUUCUAAAGGGGAGCCUUCUUGUUUUAGGGGCUUCCUAGGAUUCUUUUGAUCUUGGCUUAUUUUCUUUGCUAUAGGUCUUGUUCAAGGAAGAAACCAUUCUCCCCUUUAGUGGUAGAACAGAAGUGUAAAUGUCACAUUAUUGUAGUAGAUAUCUUUGGUUGAGAAUAUGCAAUAUUUCUGUCCUGAUUAUCUGCCUACAAAAAAAAAUUAUCACCUUUGUAAAAUCUUGCAUUUGGAAUUAUGAGAUGAAUUAGAGUACUUUUCAUUCAAGCUUUUUAUGCUUUGAAGCCU